CUUCAAUCCGCCGACCCAUGAAGUAGCGAGCGACAGCACCAAGCUACACUGGUCCUCGCCAUGCGACAUGCGGGCAUGGUGGCUGAUACGCACGAGACCCAAAGGCACCCCUCCUUCGGCCCGGUCCAGCGCGUUCCCGCGCCACGGCCUGGGCGGCCACGAGGGUGGCGGACGGCGGUGGGUCGCCUCGAAGAUGGCGGAGGACAGUGGUGUCGGUCCACGGCCAGAGCGGCUGCCUUUAAGCAAGGGCCUACAGUCACGCCUCCGCGAUUUGGGCUUCACGCCGCUGAGCCAGCUGCAGCGGAAGCUCCUGCGGCCCAUUCUGGAUGGCCGCGAUGUGCUGGCUGUGGCUCCACGAGGUCAAUCCCGCUUGUUGGGCUACCUUGCUCCUUUGCUCGACCGGGUGAAGACUGAGAGGUGGGCAGCCACUGAGACUGUGCUGGUGCUGGUGCCCACUCGGCGAAGUGCUGAGAAGGCAUAUAUGACCAGUAGCGCCUUGAGGAAGUGGUCGCUUCGGACCCUCCUGGUGCACGAGGAAGGCGGCCCCCUGGCGAGCUCGGCACAGCAAGCGCUCCUGCGGCGGGGCGCGAACCUGGUGAUUUGCACCGCCCGCCGUGCCAAGGAGCUGCUGCAGCAGGGCCUUUCCUUCGAUGAGCCAGGUGCGAGCGCCGUGAGUGGGCGUGCACCGUUGCGGAUGGCCGUGCGGUGCCUGGUGCUGGAUGAGGCAGAGGAGCUCUUUGCGACCUAUCCGGAAGAGCUCCAAGGACUGCUCUCUUCGUUGCCCUGCCAGCGUGUCGUGCUGUGCGAAGCGGCCCCACCACUCCAGGACCUUUUGGUGCAGCGCUUUCUUCGGGAUCCCGUGCUCAUCGACUCCGGCGCGCAGCCCAGCGUGGCGCUGCAUGCGGAGCACUUGUGCUGUGAGCUACCGAGCAGCCAAAGCAAGCGGGCGAGGAUGCUGGCAUUCUUACUGAAUCAGCAGCUGGGACGUUGUUCGAUGGAGGAGCCCGGGCCCCGUGCAAGAAUGCCGGCGCCGAAGGCACUGGUGCUCGCACGACGCGGGGAGAUCGCUCAGCUGGCGGCGCAUGCCAUGCUGCGGCAGAAGGUCUUGGCUUUGCAGGAGCAGAUGGCCGAAGAGGAGCAACAGGAGAUCUUGAACCUCUUCAAAGCGAUGCCUGGACAGAUCCUGUUGACCAGCGAUGCGGCCAUUAAGGAUGCGGAGUUGCCAGCGGUGCAGUUGGUCGUGCAUUUGUCACUUCCCACCUUCGACCAGUACCUCCAGCGCAUCGCCUGCCUCGCUGCGCCGUCGUCGGUGUCGUCACGGCGACCACGAGAGAUGACGACCAUGUCUUUGGUGCUUUAUGCCGGACAUCAACAGCAGAAACUCAGAGCUUUGGAGCGUGAGCUGCAGCGGAGCUUCGUGCGCCUCGAGCGGCCCGACGAGGAGCUCUUGCGCCGCAGCGCGGUGGCCGCCAUCGCGUCGGAGCUGCGCCUGGCCACUCAACAGUACGACACCAUGGCCUUCGAGGCAGAUGCUGCACAACAGCUGGAGCUGCACGGCCCACGGCUCCUAGCUGCCGCCUUGGUGCUUUUGGAGCGCCGCCGUCAGGGUGAGGAGUGGCUCUCGGUACUCUCCGGGCGGCCCAGGUAUACGCCCCUGCUGCUGGCGGAUCCGCACCUGGAGAAGUUGCGGAGCCGGCAGAGCGUGCUGAAAGCCGUGCAGAAGGCCUUCGGACACCAGCAGCGCGGCCGACCCGAGGCGCAGAUUGGGCGCAUCGAAUUGAGCCGGAAAGGGUGGCUGGUGGACGUGCCGCGUGCGGCGCUGCCGAGCUUGCUCGAGGAAGGUGCUUUGCAGGGGGUGCCGGUGGUGCCCAUCUCGGAGCUUCCCGACCUGAUGGAAGAGCGGCUACCGCCCCGAGCCACACGCAGGCGCGCUGGUCGGCGCAAGCGUGCUGUGGGCAGCCUGGCAGCGCGGGCGCGCCGACAGCGGCAAGAGUUCCUCUACCCUGCGGGCCGGAGAACCUUAUUCGGUGAGUUCCUACGGCCAGGGCAGAGGAGUGCCAAGCCACUGGAAAGCCGCGAGUCGAAAGAGCCGACCACAGUGGAGAAAAAAGCAGCACGACGAGGCCCCAGCGACGCGGACGCGCUGGUCCCCUCCGUUGGGGCCAUGACGACCAAUGGCGAGGAAGACAGCGCCAAAUGGCUCUAUGUGAGGAACCUGCCAGAGGAUGCGAAGAGCUACAUCUGGUUUAAGCAGUUCCAUCUGCAUGGCGACGUGGUUCGAGCGUCGUUCUUCGGGUGGAAGAAAGGUCAAGAGCGUUGGUGUUUGGCGGAGUGUGGCACGAAAUGGGAGGCCAUCUCUUUGAAAAAGGAGCUGGACGGCAAGGAAAUGGGCGGUGAUGCCCCCUUGUCUGUCAAGACCAUCACCAGCAAGGAGAAGGAUGAAUUGGUCGCCAAGCAGAGCGAGAAGGGUGAGGCGAACGAGGAGGAGAAAGUGGAGAAGGAGAAAGAAAAGGAUAAAAGCAGAAGUGGCAAGCGCAGCCGGAAGCGCUCGCGGAGCCGAAAGCGGAGCCGCAGCGGCAGCAAGCGGAAGCGUAGCCGCAGCCGAAGCAAAAAGCGAAGUCGCAGCCGCAGCAAGCGGAAGCGCAGCCGAAGUCGCAGCCGCGGAAGAAGGAGCCGGCGACGCUCCCGAAGCGGCAAGAGAAAAGACAGCAGCAGCCGCGCCCGACGGAAGCGGAGCAAGAGCCGACGCCGGCGGCGGAGCAGUAGCGGUAGCCGAAGCCGAAAUCGAAAGGACCGAAGGAAAAAGAAGAGCCGCAGCAGCAGUCGCAGCAAGAGCCGAAGGAGGCGAAGAGACAGCAGUGGCAGCCGAAAGAAGGAUAAGGAGAAGGAAAAGGAGAAGGAGAAGGAAAAGGAGAAAGAAAAAGAUAAGAAGAAAAAGAAGAAGUCCAAAUCCAGUAGCGACAGUAGCAGUUCAGAAGACGACAAGAAGAAGAAAAAGAAGGACGAUAGCGACGAUGAUAAAGACGAUUCGGACGACGAGAAGGAAGACAAGGAGGACUCGAAGUCCGAUGACGUGGAGGAAGUGAAGCCUGAGGACGCCACCAAGAAGCAGGAGGAAGAGGCCCGCAAGAAGGCAGCCAAGGCUGCCGAGGAGGCCAAAGAGGUAGAGGAGGCGCAGAAGGCUGCGCAGAAGGCCGCGCAGGCGGCCGAGGUCCAAAAAGCCAAGGAGGCUGCGAGGCAGGAGAAGCAUGAAGCGCUCAAGAAGGCGGCUGCGGAGGCCGCCAACGUGGCCAAAAAGGCCCUAGGUGAAGCGCAGGAGGCAGCUGCAGCCGCCAAGGCCAAGAAGCAACAAUCGGACGAGGCUGAAAAGAUUUCGAGUUCCAAAGCCAGCAAGGCCAAGGCCUUGGAAGAAUCAGCCAAGGCGAAAGAAGAGGAGGCCAAGCGUGCCGCCAAAGAGGCCUCAGAGGCCAGUGCGGAUGCCGCUAAGGCCCGGGAUGAGGCGGAGGUCAAAGACUCCGAGUACCAGGAGGCCGCUUCUGAGCACCGCACCAAAUCGGCAGCAGCGGACAAGGCCAAGAGCGCCUCGGAGGCGGCGCAACAGGUUCUUUCAGCCUUCGAAGUCGAGCAUGGCUUCCAGAAGGCGGAAGAGAAGAAGAGGAAAGAGCCGGAGACCAAAGAGCCGGAGAAGAAGGAGAAGAAAUCCAAGGAUGAGGAGAAGCCAAAGCGGGCAGUCUUGACUCCUGCCUCGGCGGUGGACAAGGAGGAGGAUUCCAGUGGAGAGACCGACAAGGUGGAUGAAGAGGAAAGCGAAGAAGAGGAGGAGGAUGAUAAGGAUGAGAAGAACGACAAGGGCGAUGACGAUGACAAGGAUGAUGACGAGGAAGAAAGCCCCACCGAAAAGGAGGAAGAGAAAGACGAUGAGGACGAGGAGGAGGAGAAAAAGAAAAGUAAAAAGGAGAAGGACUCAAAGGCGAAGGAGAAGGAGGUAGAAGCGGACAGUGAUGAUGAGGAGGAAGAUGAUGAAGACGAGGAUGAGGAUGAGGAUGAGGAGGACUCCUCCGAGUCCGAGUCCGAGUCCGAGGCGAAGGACAAGAAGAAAUCGAAGAAGAGUGAUAAGAAGGAUAAGAAGGAGAAGGAGAAGGAAUCCAAGAGCAAGAAAGAUAAGAAAUCCAAAAAAGAAAAGGAGAAGAAGUCCAAAGAAAAGAAACGAAAAAAGGAGGAGAGUGACUCCGAUGAGGAGAGUGAGAGUGACGACAGCUAG